AUGCACAGGCUUCGGGGGAUGCUGGUCCUCAGACUGGAGGUUCAAGACUGUGUUUCCCGACAAGGGGGCCCUAGUGAUCUCCCAGCUGUCGAUCAGCUUGUCUUCAAGAAUGCCUACACGGACAUAGCGCGCAUUCUGCUAAUAGUCCACGAGAAAGCCAAAGCAGGGAUGAAGCAAAUUAGUGCACUGAAGUCUUCUCUCGAGCGAGUAGAGACCGAGAGAGAUGAUGCUGCUCGUCGGGCUGAGAUCGAGGCCAUGAAAGCUGAGGACAUCACGGGCAGGCUGAAAUCUGCUAAGGCGGUAGAGGACAGGUUUGAGGGGGAAAAGGCCGCUCUAUGGAUGGCAAAGGCGCAACUCGACCAUGAGAAGCUCGAACUUGCAGAAGCCCAUGCAAAGGAGGCUGCUCGCUUAAGAGAAUCCAGAGUACUCGAAGUUACUCGCGAACGAGCAAGAGUAACUGCCACGAUGUCGCGAAGGCUAAUAUUUGGUUUGAGCGCAUCCGUAAUCGAGAGGGUUCCUUCAAGAAGUACGACAAUGCCCGAUGCUAUUACAGCCAAGCCUUCGGCACUCGGAUAUGUCUGGAAUUUCUUUUGA